UCAACGUCAUAUGGCCCUCGCAAGGCUACUGGACAGUGAACUUGGAACCUCUCUUAAUAUAAGAAUACCAGCGUUCUAGUAUUUACGCACUCGUGAAGUAGUGUGAUAUAUCAAAAAAUUUGCCUUCAGUACAUUACGGCGAGGUGAACAGCGUACUUAAUUCAGAAGUUGCCACUUAAAUAUACGGCGGAAGCAUUAUAAAAAUUAUCUCGCUUAUUACAGUAAUUCUCAGCCGGAAUUAUCUUUACUACUUGAAUAUCGCCGCCACAUUCAUGACUCAAGUUGCGACAUUUCGUUCUGGAUGGAAAAACGGCGCUUGUGUCACCCGCUGAGUAUUGAGUUAAACCAAAAUGUCGAUAAAAGGCACGAGGCUUCCUCUGAAGGAAAAAUUCGUCCAAAUCUAUGAAAGUAUACUCCUCGAAGGAGACGAGCCAUGGAAAACCAACGACAACUUUUGGGAUGAGCUCUUUCUUCUUAAGGUCAACGUUGACUACAUUGUACGUGAAUUCGAUUCCAUGAAACCGGAAAAAUUGCUUCAGCUUAAGCCUGUACUAAACCGCGUAUUUUCCGAGUGCGUGUCAGCUCUACUUCGCUCAGAUAUCCGGCUGCGCAUCGUGCACGCGUACCAGACGUUAGCUGCAUUCGUUCAAGGCGUUUAUUCCAAAGCACGCACCCUUGAUCUUGGUAUCGAUGGGUUGGAUCUGCUAGUUGGUGUGGACGUUGCCGAAAACGUGAUGAAAGAUCUUCUUGAAAUAUCCGUUUCUCUACUUGAGGUUGCGAUUCCACACAGUCUAAAACUGCUCGUCCUAAAAUUCCUGUUGGUACUAGUCACGGCUGCUGAAACAGUAUCGAGCAAUACACUGGUUGAGUACCUUAUGAUGACUUCAUUAUUUGAACCCUUGCUAGCUAUUCUUGCCGACGGACCUUCGAGACAGCAAUGUGGUUAUCACGCGGUUCUACUGCUGAUGUUGGUUGUGAACUACCGCAAGUACGAGAGUACCAACCCUUACAUUAUGCGACUCUCCAUUGCUGAUAACGAGCUGGCAUUGAAUGGCUUCGGUCAGGUAGUGUCGUCAACUUUAGCAGAUUCAAAUCGGCAUUUUCUUGCAACAAAUGGUGGACUUAGCGGUGCAUCAGACUCCCUGCCUGCUGGCGGAAAACGGAGUACGACAACGUCGGCUUCAUCAGGUGGCAGAGGUCUUUUAGCAGGGCUACUUCCAACGUGGCUUGGAGGGACCCCUGCUCUGCAGAUAGAGGAGCAAGUUGACCCACGUGCUCUUGCUCAUGAGAUUGCUGGCGGAAAUAUCCGAUCGGAUGCAGCUCUUUUAGCCAUGUAUGAAGCGGUUCAUCUCAACCGUAACUUUCUCGCUAUUCUCACCAACACGCAAGCGGAGAGUCUUGAAAUAAGGCCGCAUCGAUUACAAAGUCCAUCGUCGUCCGCACCCUCAUCACCCUCAUCUCCAACUGGGCCAUCACUCCAUUUAAAUCCAGCGAGCAACGGUAGUCUAGAUAGUAGUAAAUCGAAGCUGGGAGGCGGUGAGCCCCUUCCUUUGGACGCGGACCUUCUAGAGCCUCCGACAAACCUGUUUGUCACAUUUAUCGAAUUUACUUCAAUUGUAAUGCAGAACACCAAAGACGGGACGUCACUGAAUACAACGAGGUUGUGCUUUAUAAUUCUAACCUGUAUCGCCGAAGAUCAAUACGCCAACUCGAUUAUGCAUGAUGUCAAUAUGCAGUAUAAGGUAUUCAUUCAACAUGCACCGAUGCGACAUCGAAAACUGCCAUCGAGUCGAGAUGCUCCGUUUCGUCCUUUGGCAGCUGCCGUUUUAGACCUUCAGGUCGAAUUCAUCUUAAGUCACAUGAUUAAGAAUAAUUUCCACAUCGAUCUCUACAUACGAAGCUUGGGUAUUGUGCAUCGACUUCUCUGCUACCAAAAGCGCUGCCGCGUGAGACUGUCAUAUCCUUGGAAGGAUCUUUGGACGUCGUUAAUUAGCCUCCUGAAAUUUAUCCUAGCCAAUGAGGUGAAUCUGGCGAAACGUGGUCACAAUGUUUUCGCAGUUUGCUCCCUCGUAGUGAAUGUAAUAAAUUUAUUCAUCACUUAUGGAGACACGUUUUUGGCGACACCAUCGUCCUACGAUGAACUAUACUAUGAGAUCAUUCGUUGUAGCGAAGUUUUCGAAAAUCUGUAUUCUACCGCUCUCAGGUACACGUCAGGGGAUGGAACACCAGCUGGUAUCAGCCCAGCAGGCUCAAAUGCAACCACGACCUCUUCAAGCUUUACGAGCUCUGCAGUAUCCCCCUGGAGGGAUCCCGCAGCCCGAUUGGCUAGUCAUCUUGUCAAUAUUCGCGCUAUUGUGAACCAUUUUACAGCAAAGAUUAACGCUUGGGCGACCGCCCAUUGUCUUGCUUCACUUACCGAAGAACAGGUAUUGGACGUCGUACGAAGUAACUACGAUUCACUAACGCUAAAGCUGCAUGACAAUCUCGAUCAGUUUGAACGAUAUUCGGAAAAGCCCCGAGAAUCACCGUUUUUUACAGCAAUGCUCCGCCAUCUUGUCAGCGACGUGCGAAAGCACCUUGACUAUGCUGACCGAGCCCAACAGAACGUCCUCGCCGAAUUCGCCACUAUUCGAUGAAAUUGCACUUUUCUAUUUGGAACAGCAAAAACGGGAAUUAGGCUCAUUAGAGAUAUGGGGAACACUUUUGGGACCUCCCCAACAUAUAUAUGUUAUGAUUUGAAUUUUAUCGGAAUCUAUAAAAAUACUUCACACAUAAUGGAAGAGGUCUUUUAAUGAGUUACUUAACUAGGUAUCAAAAAAUAUCCGCAUAAAACGUCCGUUCGACUUUUCAACGUAGCAGUAAAAGAAAGCAGGAGCUCUAUUGUAAGCUGCUCAUACUUAACUUUUGUAUUGGAUCUUACUGCUAAAAAUCAAACAAAGUUAUGAAAUGCUUGUAGACAACAGGGCAGAUAGGUGAACAAAAGGCACGACAAAGUAGUAAGGCGUGACGAUUGCAAUGACGACUCGUACAUAAAAGUUACAGCAACACCAGAUCUACUAAAAAACCUGUUAGCUGUUAUAACUAUCUAUUAUUUUUACUGUUAAUGGCAUAACAUCGUUCGUCGCUCUAGUUUAUACAAAUACGUUUCCAUCAUUACGUUACCUACAUAAUUAUGAUAAGCAGGAGAUCGGAUAUGCUGGUUCGUGUGUCGUUUAGUAAUACAAUGAGGUAUAUUUGUGAGUAAAUGCACAGGAUGCUUCAAGAUGAAAAUUUAAUUUAGGGAUAGGGGAGGCUAAAAUAGAAAGGGAUACUAACUAAAGAGUUGUGCUGGUGAUUGUGAUAUGUGACGAUUUAUGCUUUAGUAUGCUUCGAGCAGAAAUUUCCCGAAAAUCACUGUUUCUUUAAGUGAGCUCCAAGGACAUAUACAAAUUACUGGCCAUGUGGCAUGUGUUUGGAGCAUUAGAUAUUUAACAAUUAGACAGGGGAGAUAUUAGCGUACUGCAGUGUGAUAUCGUUUCAAACUGCUUGUAUGAUCAUGGCACAGAUAUCCUAAGGUGGUUAGGUUCAAUUAUCUUUUUCCUUUACAUUCGUAUGGUGUAGGCCGUUUAAAGUCGGUGUACACAUCAGCUUGAAGUAGCUUUGCGAUAGAUACAACAGGAAGUGUGUCACGUAUCACUGAAAUUUAUGAGACUCUACCAUUGAACCAUUUUCUUUCUUCUUCAUUUUUUAUUAAUCAUCACUUUUUGCGGAAUCAUUUACACACGCGAGAUGAAGGUGCAUAACGCGUAUGCACUAGAUAUCAUUAACGGGCUGCAUUGUUCAUGCGUUCAGAUGUGGAAGAUCUAGAGUCAACGAGAAGCUCAACAAGCAUGUACAGCAAUUAGUAUUAGAACUAGUUCACUCAGAACAACGCAAUACCAUUCAUUCCUCUAAACCUACAUAAUAACUACUAAAUACGCAAUACUAUUGUAUACAGUUAGAGGAACUAAAUAAAAGCAAAUACUUUGGA